AUAAAAUAAGAUAUAGAUUUGACUCAUUCAAUAUAUAAGUUAGUUUCGUAUCAAGCGACUUAAAAUCAGGUGUGUGUUGCAAUAGUCAAGGAUUGACCAUGGCCGCCCUCAUCAAACUUAGUCUUUUUGUGAUUACCAUAAUCGCGAUGGUUAACUCGCAGCGCGUCGUCGAUGAUCCCGUGGGUAUGCCACAAAAUUUGCCGUGGAUUUCACAAUUGGUGGAGUGCGAAUACGAGCAUGGAACAUUUAAUGGUCCCACAUGUAACGAUUGCUACAGCACCUUACGCUGCACGCCUAAAGGGGGCAUCGUGAGGAACUGCUUCGGACGGACACCUUACUGCGUUGACGGAAAAUGUGUUAGAAAACCCAGUGCGGACUGCGAAGAUUUUGAGACAGUCACCGACGUUUAUUAGGGUCUGAUAGUUUGAUUGUUUAUUAGGUUAUGUACAGUCAGCAAUACUAUUCG